AUGCAAGAUGCUAUUGCUACUGUUCUGAAGUCUAACAUUGACAAACUGGUAGAAGGCAUCCCAUUCUUUUCUCUGUUAAUCGAUGAAUCAACAGACUUCAGUAAUCAUAAAAAUCUUGUUGUUUAUGUUAAGUUAUUGAAUGAAUUUAAACCAGAACUGCACUUUUUAGAAAACAUCAACGUUCGGGAUGGAAAGGUCGAAACUAUUACCACUGCUGUUAACUUGCUAAUGGAAAGGAGAUACUUGCACAAGGACAAAAUGACAGGAUUCAGCAAUGAUGGUGUGAGUGUCAUGACAGGAAAAAACAACGGAGUUUCAAAACGAAUGAAGGACCACAGUGCAUUUGUUGUGUCUGUCCACUGCAUGGCUCACAGGCUUGCAAUUUGCACUAGCCAAGCGGCUCAUGGAAUUCCUUAUUUGGCAAAAUUCAAAGAGAUCUUUACUGCUCUGUACGGCUAUUUUGACAAGUCUGCCCUCCGGUCACAGUCAAUCAGAAGAUCUUUGAACAUCCUGAGCUAA